AAAAUGGAAUGAAGAAUGCCCGAUAACGUUAAAACAACCUCCUUAUCCAUUUCAGAGAGCAGUCCUUGCUCAACUGCAGUUCUCCAAUGGCUGCUCUUGUCUCCCUCUCGUUGCCUUCACCGACUAGAGUUACUGUUCUUCCUCGCUUCUGUUCACCAUUCAAGGGUAAUCCAAAUAAUCUUAAAACAAGCUCAUCUCAGAUUGGAAUACUCAAAUUUCAACUAUUAAAGAGGAGAGAAGAAAGAUCAGUAGUAGUUCUUACCCGGGCUUCUUCUUCUUCAUCUGCUUCUGCAGCUAUUAAAGUAGCUUCUGAUGUUCGAUUUCGGCUGGACAAUCUUGGGCCACAGCCCGGCUCGAGAAAGAAGGAUAAGAGGAAAGGGAGGGGUAUUGCUGCAGGCCAAGGGAACAGUUGUGGAUUCGGGAUGAGAGGUCAGAAAUCGAGGUCUGGCCCUGGUGUUCGGAAAGGUUUCGAGGGUGGACAGAUGCCCCUUUACCGGCGUAUCCCAAAACUCAGAGGCAUUGCUGGAGGAAUGCAUGCGGGGCUGCCAAAGUUUGUCCCUGUGAACUUAAAAGAUAUAGAAGCUGCUGGUUUUCAAGAAGGGGAUGAAGUUUCACUAGAGUCCUUGAAGAAGAAGGGCAUAAUCAACCCAUCAGGAAGAGAAAGAAGGCUCCCGCUAAAGAUUCUGGGUGAGGGAGAAUUGUCAGUGAAGCUGAACAUAAAGGCUCGUGCUUUGUCAGAAUCAGCAAAAGAGAAGCUUCAAGCUGCUGGUUGUUCUCUGACUAUUCUGCCUGGCCGAAAGAAGUGGGUUAAACCAUCAGUUGCUAAAAACCUUGCUCGUGCUGAUGAAUACUUUGCCAGAAAAAGAGCCGCUGCGGCUGAAGCUGAUUCAGCUUCUGCUUCUACUGAUACACCACCUACUUGAGGCUCAAUUCAUAUCAAAACCCCUCUCUCUCUCUCUCUCUCUCUCUUUCUUAAACAAGGGGAGGCCUAACCCCAUCUGCAGAUACCUGUAGUUCAUUUUUACUGUAUUUUUUUGUUCUCCUUGUUCGGCUCCAAAGUUUUUGUAUCAUGUAUCUGAUUCAUUCUCACUAGUCUUUUAUUAAAUCCAAUCUGAAAUUUGUUUCAUGCCUGUACAAUGAUCACUUCCUGAAUCAAAACAUUAUGAUCAAUAACUUUUGAUUCUUACAGGA